UUGGAGACUCUGAUCCUCUGAAACUCAGGAGAGAUGUCUUACCAGCAGCAGCAGCAGCAGUGCAAGCAGCCCUGCCAGCCACCCCCCGUGUUCAUCCCCAAGUGCCCUGAGCCCUGCCCACCUCUAAAGUGCCCUGAGCCCUGCCCACCACCUCCUGUGUUCAUCCCAAAGUGCCCUGAGCCCUGCCCACCACCUCCUGUGUUCAUCCCAAAGUGCCCUCAGCCCUGCCCACCUCUAAAGUGCCCUGAGCCCUGCCCACCACCUCCUGUGUUCAUCCCAAAGUGCCCUGAGCCCUGCCCACCACCUCCUGUGUUCAUCCCAAAGUACCCUCAGCCCUGCCCACCUCUAAAGUGCCCUGAGCCCUGCCCACCACCUCCUGUGUUGAUCCCCAAUUGUCCUCAGCCCUGCCCACCUCUAAAGUGCUUGAGUCCUGCAUGUCCACCUGUGCAGUGCCCACCUCCACCCUGCAGGCAGAAGUGUCCACCCAAGAGCAAGUAA